AUGGCGUUCGCGUUUGGGAAGGACGCGGGGCCCACAGGCCGAGGUAACAAAGUUUUACCAUUCGGUGCUCCGGCGGCAUCUCAGGCACCGCCUAUAACUCAACCUGGCCCUCCACGAUCUCCAUGGGGCCCUCCUCCAAUGGACAGCGCACAGUUCCCACCAUUGGGUUACGGAACUCCUCGAUUUAUGGGAAGUCAUUAUCCAUCAGCUAGAAUGCCAAAUAUGUCUGAAUCACAAAGACCACAGUCUUUCACAUGGAGAUCUGGCGUCUCUCAGUCUCCUGCAAGCUAUCCUUCCUUAACAACUAGGCCUCGAAUGCCUGUCGAAUCUCCUCCUAGAUGGGAAAAUGGAAACCGAUCUUUCUUGAACGGUGAUGGUCAGAAAGAUCCCGCGCCUUAUGCUGUCAAAUCUCUUGUUGCUACUCGUAAUUCUGGAACUGUGGUGGCAGCUAAGGUCACUGGAUUACAAGAACACAAAAGAAGUAGAUCACCUUAUUCUACUGAUGAAGUUGGUUCCCAAAAUUCGAGUUUAGGUUUCUCGCAAAGGCUUGUCGAAUCCCCUCCUGGAUGGGGUAAUGGAAACCAAUCUAUCUUGGAUGGUGAUGGUCAGAAGGAUCCUGCACCUUAUGCUGUCAAAUCUCUUGUUGCUACUCGUAAUUCUGGAGGUGUGGUGGCAGCUAAGGUUAUUGGAUUACAAGACCAGAAAAGGACUAGGUCAUCUGCUCAUUCUACUGAUGAAGUCGGUUCGCAGAAUUUGAGUUUAGGUUUCCCUCAAAGGGCGGCUUAUUCUCCACCUGCAUGGGAAGAUAAUAAUUCCAGGGUGCCAGGAUCAUUUCCAAACUUAUCAAAUCAUCAAGGUCAAGUGAAUGAAGUUGCAAACGGCCAUCUCCAGAAGCGAAGUAAAUCACCUACUGCUAACGGAAGUUUUCAAGGAAAUGCACCUUUCGUAAAAAAUGAAGCUAAAAGACCUUUCUCUCCAAUUGGAUUGAAUACUCAAUCAGAUCCUAUUUACAAUAACGCGGACUCUCAAAUUCCACAAAGAGUGCUGCCAUCUUUCAAGAACACAACUGCGGAAUCUAGUCCCACUAGAAAUACCAGUGCCUUGGUUUCAAAGAGAACAAGGUCGCCAGAAUUUGGUUCUCGCAAGGUUCUCCCAGGAAGCUCCUUUUCGACCAUUGAUGAUACUGAACGAGAGAUACAAGCCAAGGCAAAGCGUUUAGCCCGCUUCAAGGAAGAAUUAAGUGAAGAAAUUGAAAAUGUCUCGGAUAUUGGGGACCGAGAUAUUCCUGUCGGUGGACGUGAGCAAUCCAAGCAAAGACAAAAUGUUCCUGUGAAUCAUUCGACAGAAGACCACACCAAUGACACUAAUGUCUCGGAUUUUGAGGGUUUGGGAACAUCAAGACUUAUUGUUGGUGUGUGUCCUGAUAUGUGCCCUGAAUCUGAAAGGGGCGAGCGAGAAAGGAAAGGGGAUCUUGAUCAGUAUGAACGUUUGGAUGGGGAUAGAAAUCAAACAAACCGUUUGCUUGCAGUUAAAAAGUACACUAGGACAGCAGAGAGGGAAGCAUAUCUUAUACGUCCAAUGCCUGUCCUUAAAAAGACCAUUGAUUACCUACUUAGCUUACUGGAUCAGCCAUAUGAUGGCAACUUCCUUGGAAGGUACAAUUUUCUGUGGGACAGGAUGAGAGCAAUCCGGAUGGACCUGAGAAUGCAGCACAUUUUCAAUUUGGAAGCUAUUACUAUGUUGGAGCAAAUGAUAAGACUUCAUAUAAUUGCGAUGCAUGAGCUGUGUGAAUAUACAAACGGAGAAGGCUUUUCAGAGGGAUUCGAUGCACAUCUAAAUAUUGAACAGAUGAACAAAACAUCCGUCGAACUAUUUCAAAUGUAUGACGAUCACAGGAAGAAAGGCAUAAAUGUUCCGUCAGAAAAAGAAUUCCGUGGCUAUUAUGCUCUUCUCAAACUGGACAAGCAUCCUGGAUACAAAGUUGAACCUUCAGAGCUGUCAUUAGAUCUGGCGAAGAUGACUCCUGAGAUAAGGCAAACCCCUGAAGUGCUUUUUGCUCGUGAUGUUGCAAGAGCUUGCAGAACAGGCAACUUCAUUGCAUUCUUUAGGCUUGGAAAAAAGGCGACUUACCUUCAAGCAUGUUUAAUGCAUGCUCACUUCGCUAAGCUACGAACCCAUGCACUUGCUUCGUUAUACUCUGGUCUCCAAACCAACCAAGGAGUCCCUGUUUCUCAAGUUGCUAAGUGGCUUGCUAUGGAGGAAGAAGACGUUGAAACCUUAUUAGCAUAUUAUGGGUUCUCAAUAAAGGAUUUUGAAGAGCCGUAUAUGGUGAAGGAAGGACCAUUUCUCAAUAGCGAUAAGGACUUCCCAACGAAGCGUUCCAGACUCGUUCAUCUAAAAAAGUCAAAUACUAUCGGCAAAGAUAUUUUGCCAUCUUCUCAAGUCACACCUUUGCUUGCUGAAGCAGCAAGAAAAAUCCAAGCUCCUUCUAUUGAUAAGAAGAAUCCAAGUCGCAUCUUUACCGUGAAAGCCACUCCUGCUUUGGUUGAUAAGAAGAGAUCCAUCAGUGCAAUAAAUACUGAAAUGCCUGAUUCUCAGGUUGUGCCAUCGCCAAAGUUUGGCAUGCAAAAACAGCGUACUACCAGUAGAUCUGAAAUUGAUCGAAUGGAGACAAACAACAAUAAUCAUGUGGCAGCAAGUGUAAAUAUUGCACCAUGGAACUUUCUUUCAGCUUCUAGUUCUCCGAAGUCUCAGCCAGCCAAAGUUGGAGUACUGGAGAAAAGCACCAAUGAUUCUCCUUUCCCAAUCACUAAAACUGAGGGCAUGCUGCCACAACCUGUGCUUGGAGUGCCGAUGAAAGAAAGCCCUCUUAGCGGUGAAAAGGUUAUGCCGAGGGAGUUUGUGACCCAUCAGAUUGUGGUGGGCAAUUUAUUUCAAGAUGAAGGAACCCCUGAUGUCAAUCAAGAAGAUGAGGAUGAUGAGUCGGUGGAGAAUCACGAAGAUGAAGAAGUAGCUCGAGCGAAGCUCAAGUUGUUCGUAAGGUUAUGGAAGCGGCGUGUUUCAAGACACAAGGAGCUACGCCGUCAAAGACAGAUGGCUGCAAAUGCUGCAAUGAGUUCAUUAUCGCUCGGACCACUGAUUCGAAGGAUCCAAGAACAACCGAGCAACAUUCUCGAGUUUGACAUUGACUAUGUCAUGAAGGAGAGAUAUAGAAUGUAUGAGCAUUCUUGGUAUCGAUUAAAUCCUUCAGAAAUCUUCGCAGGUGAAGCCAGCUCAAGAGAUCCAGACCCCAAAUAUCUCUGUUGGAAGCUUGUAUUAUGUUCUCAGUCGCAGGAAGAUGACCAACCGGGUCGCAGCAUGCAUGCAGCAGCAGGCCCUUGGUUAUGUUCAAAGCUCAUCCCAAACAGACCAAAUGAUACAGAUAACAAGGACGAAUUGCUAACUUCUUCUCCAGGCCUUUCAAUAUGGAGAAAGUCUGUUUCUAGCGAGGUGUGCUGCUUGUCGGUCGUCAGAAAUUCCAGUUUUUGUACUCCGGAUGAGGCAGCUGCUGGCGCAAGUGCUGUGGUUUUCGUCGUAUCAGAAAUCAUCCCAAUGAAUUCUCAGAGAAUCACACUCCAUAACCUUCUCUCGGCUAUACAUCCAAGUUCUUCAUUGCCUCUAGUGGUAUUCUGUGGCAAACGGGAUAAAACAGUUCCAGACCCUUUGUCCACAAUAGCUCAUGAACUUGGCCUGAAUAGCAUCGACAAAUCAAGAAUAAGAAGUUUCUCCAUUGUGUUCCUUGUUGGAGACGAUGCCAAUGGAUUUUUCAGCGACAGCAGAGUGAGGGAAGGACUAAGAUGGUUGGCUAGUGAAUCACCCCAACAACCAGAUGUUCAGUCUAUAAGACUGCCAGAAUUGGUUCUCGCACGGUUGAAGCCGUCUCUAGAUGCACUCGAGAAAAUGAACGACCUUGAAGUUGGACCAAACAGAUGUAUAUCAGCAUUCAACGAAGCUUUGGAUUGGUCUGUAGAGGAAAUUCUUACUGCGGCCAGAGCUAACCCGACCGGUUACCCUUGCCCUGAGUUAGUUAUGCUCGAGGAAAGCGAAAUCAUGUUGAUUGAGUCGUACCUGCCAAGCAUAGGGUGGAGUUCGCCUUCGAAAACCGAACCACUUAUUUCUGCUUUACUAAGUUGUAAGCUUCCUGGAUUUGCUGAUGAUAUAUCAUGGUUAGAUGAAGGCACGGCAAACAUGGGUGAUGAGCUUGAGAAGCUCAGUACAGAAGUGGAGAAUCGCUUGAUCAGAUACCUUACUGAGUCGAGUGGGAUGAUGGGAUUUUCAUUGGCGGCCAGGGAGGCACAUGUUGUCUUACAGAGAAGUGCUCGCUUGGAGUUCAGGGACUGCUCGAGUUACCAUAUUGUUGUGAAUUGGGUGAAGGCCUUUCGAAGGGUUUUCAAUUGGCAGCUCAAUAAGUUAUCGUCCGAGGCUUAUGUAUUAAGGUCUCACAUUGUGGACUUGGAAUCAUUGGUGCUUGAUGAGCAAGGAAGCAUUUCUUCACCUUAUGUAAGCCAACCGUCCUUGGAUCAAAUCAUCCAUGUUGGUUGCUUUCCUCUGGUGCUGCCGAGGGUUCAGCCUAAGCUGGUCACUUCUAUUCAAGUAUCAACACCAAAUGUGCCUGCAACUGUUGACACUACUCUCCAGAUUAGAAACGGUGAGCAAGCUUCUCCACCAAUUGUGAGUCAUGGUGUCGCAGGAGAUGAAGAAAGACGUGCUGAGGUUAAAUCGCCAUUUUCCAGCAAACCCACCACAAAGGAGGCUGAUAAAUUAAGCAGGUUGUUGGAGCAGUGUAACAUUGUGCAGAACUCCAUAGAGGAGAAGCUUUCAAUUUACUUUUGA